AUGGACAGCCUGGAGGUGGGGGAUUUACUGGAGGAUUGCCUCAGAGCAGCUCGACUGUCCACCCACUCCACUGAGGCUGAGAGGCUGGACUUCUGUCUCUGCAAAGGUCAGACACAAGAUGGUGCUAUGAGUCGAGUCGGCUGCUUGAAGAUCACCAAGCUGCUCACAAACACCACCCUGAUCCCCCUGUGGCCCCUCAUGCUGGUCAUACGACGGCUUUUAGUGGCUGUUCUAAAGGCCUCCAUCGUGGCUCAGGAGGCAGGCACGGGACUAUCGGUGGUCUUCUUAGUCGACCGCUUCCUCUACUGGACAGAUGAGUCGAGUCGGCUGCUGAAGAUCACCAAGCUGCUCCACAAACACCACCCUGACACCCCUGUGGCCCCCCAGCUGGUCAUACGACAGGCUAGGGUCUACUUAAACUCUGGCAAACUACAGAAGGCAGAAUACAUACUGAGCAGUCUGAUUAACAACAGUGGGGCCACAGGUUGUUGGGUGUACCACUCUGAAAGUGACAGGGCUCUUGUGCAGGCUGUGAGUGUUCAAGUGCGGGGAAUGAUUUUGCAAACGCUAGGCCUGUGGCUCGAGGCAGCAGAGCUAAUCUGGGCCUCUCUGGUUGGCUACUAUGCACUUCCUCAACCUGAUAAAAAGGGCAUUGGAACCUCUCUCGGUAUACUGGCCAACAUAUUGGUGUCUAUGAAUGAGCAGGACUUCAAUGCUUUUAGGACUAGCCCAGAUAUUGAUUUAUCUUUACUUGGGGACAGGAGUCAUCGUCUUCUAUCAGCAGCUCAGGCAGCUAAGAUGGCGGUGGUUUACAGUCAGUAUACUUCACUCUACGUGUUGACCAAUGUGGUGAGUUUUGAAUUGUUGCAAUCAAAAUAA